GUCGGUUUUUUUUUUCGAGGCGAUGAGGUCGGUGCGCGCACGAUUGUAUCGAAAUUUUGUAUAAAUCGCGCCUAACCAAUAGUAAAAUCAACUAAAAAUUAAGUUUAAGGCGAAUUAAAUUGAGUAAAAGGCGGAGGAAAAACCAAAUCCCAUUCGUUUAAUACAGAAAAGCACAACAAAUGAGAAUUUAAAAAACUGCAGCUGCAAGUCCCGAUGCCUGGCGAAGGCUAGAGCGAGACAACGCUACCUACCCGAGUGUGUGUGCAAUUUGUUGAUAGUAUUUUGCUGUUGUUGUAAAAAUGCUCAGCUUGCAGGCGUGCAGCAACAACAAAAAAAACUGAAACAACAACAAAAUCGACGAACGCCGGCAAAACAAAAACGCGUAAACGGUGAAUUUGAUUGAUGCGAAAAGCACAAAAUAGGAAAACCGAAAGCAAUAUUCGUUAAAGAAUACACAACAAAAGUGGAGUGAGCAAAAGUCGCGCGAUUGUGUGUCUGUGCGUCGCGUAACCACGCGUGUGUAUGUGUGUGGAAGCAAAGGAUAGAAAUAGGAGGCGAAAUCGGAGCUUGGCGGAAACCAAACGCCAAAAUGUUGUAAACAAAUAAGCGAAAAAACCUGAGCCAUUCAAAUUACCUUCGAUCGUAAACGACGGUUUCCACGUUAAUCAGCAAAAAAAUCGAACUGAAAAUGGCCAGCAAAGUAAACAAAAACAGCAGGACGAUUUGGAAAUGGCUAGUCGGCAGUUAUCUGAUACUGCAGUUGAUUGAAAGCAGUUUGGCAAGUCAAGCUCUCUCGUUCACCUUGGAGCCGCAGGAUGCAGUGGUGCCCGAGGGUCACUCAGUGCUGCUCCAGUGCGCGGGAAGUGCAUCCACGGGUCGCGCGGGCAAAGGCAAGGCGGGCACGCCCACUCCGGUGAGCAUCCGGUGGCGAGGACCCGAUGGCCAGGACCUCGUGAUCGUGGGCGACACGUUCCGCACCCAGCUGAAGAACGGAUCGCUGUACAUUUCAUCCGUGGAGGAGAACCGUGGACUAACUGGCGCCUAUCAGUGUUUGCUGAGUGCCGAGGGCGUGGGCAGUGUCCUGAGUCGCCCGGCUCUGGUGGCCAUUGCCCGCCAGCCGGAUCUCAACCAGGACUUCCUGGAGACGUACCUGCUGCCUGGACAGACGGCCUACUUCCGCUGCAUGGUGGGCGAGGCCAGUUGGCAGGAGGGCGUCAAGCAUUCGGUGCAGUGGUUCAAGGAUGACCUGCCCCUUCCGCUGGACAAGCUGCGCAUGGUGGUGCUGCCCAAUGGAGCACUGGAGAUCGAUGAGGUGGGGCCCUCGGACCGGGGUUCCUACCAGUGCAAUGUGACCUCGGGAAGUUCCUCUCGAUUGAGCAGUAAAACCAAUCUGAACAUCAAGAAACCCAGUGAACCGGGAGCGGAGAACGCGGUGGCUCCUUCAUUCCUCGUUGGACCCUCUCCAAAAACUGUGAGGGAAGGCGAUACCGUCACCCUGGAUUGUGUGGCCAAUGGAGUGCCCAAGCCACAGAUCAAAUGGCUGCGCAACGGCAUGGAUUUGGAUCUCAACGAUCUGGAUUCCCGCUUCUCCAUCAUUGGAACGGGUUCCCUGCAGAUCUCCAGUGCAGAGGAUAUUGAUUCGGGGAACUAUCAGUGCCGAGCAAGCAACACAGUAGAUUCCCUCGAUGCUCAGGCAACGGUGCAGGUCCAGGAGCCACCGAAGUUCAUCAAGGCACCGAAGGACACAACUGCUCACGAAAAGGAUGAACCGGAGUUAAAAUGCGACAUCUGGGGAAAGCCCAAACCCACGAUUCGCUGGCUGAAGAACGGGGAUCUGAUAACUCCAAACGAUUACAUGCAACUGGUGGAUGGUCACAACCUGAAGAUCCUCGGCCUCCUGAACUCCGAUGCAGGGAUGUUCCAGUGCGUGGGCACCAAUGCCGCCGGAAGUGUCCAUGCAGCAGCACGUCUGCGAGUUGUUCCCCAAGGAGUGAAAAUCAAAAAACGUAAAUCCCAAGGCCAGUCCACCAAGUCCCUCCAGACCUUUGACAACCUGACCAAGCGACGCAAACCCUUCAAUUCCGGUGAGCAACUGCGCACCAAAUCCGGUGGAAGUUUUCGCUUUUCGGGUGAAGACGAUGACUUGGACGAGGAGGACGACUCCAGUACGACACGACUUAGGUUGCCGAAUGGAAAGCUUCCCAAAUUCGAGCAACCUUUGAACGAUCGCAUGUUCAACAUUCUGAACACAGCAAGUGCUUUGCCACUCGAAAAUCAAUCCAAGAGUUACGAGGACGACGACGACUAUGACGACGAUGACGAUAACGACGAUCCGGCUACGAAAAAGGCUCUUCUGGAGGCCUAUAAACAGGGAGAGGAUCCGCAGAAAAUACUGGACUCCUGGCGGUUGAGCAAUAGCAAGAGAUCCCAGCAGCAAAAACAAUCCCCUGCUUCCCCAGAUUCCCCCGAACAGGAUCCGAGUAAACCGAAUCCGGCAGGCAAACCCCUCGACAGUGGACUCCAAGCCAGAUUGCCCAGUGCCCCUCGUGAUCUGGUGGCCCAGAUAGUGAAGUCCCGCUUCGUGACCCUCAGCUGGGUGGAACCCCUUCAGAAUGCCGGCGAUGUGGUCUACUACACCGUCUACUACAAGAUGAACAACAGCGAGAGGGAACAAAAAAUGGUCACCAAGUCGCACGAUGAUCAACAGGUCAACAUUCAAUCUCUGCUGCCGGGCAGAACCUACCAAUUUCGAGUGGAGGCAAACACCAAUUUCGGCAACGGAGCAUCUUCGGCUGCACUGGAGGUCAGCACCCAGCCGGAGGUGAACAUUGCAGGUCCGCCGCGCAACUUUGAGGGAUUCGCCCGCAGCCACAAGGAGAUCUAUGUGAAAUGGAUAGAGCCGGCGGUAACCAACGGCGAGAUUCUCAAGUACCGCGUUUACUACUCCGAAAACGACAGCGGUGCUGAUUUGUAUCACGAAAGCACUUCGUUGGACGCUGUGCUAACGGAGCUGCGUCCCCACACGGAUUACGUGAUAUCUGUGGUGCCUUUCAAUAGGAAUGGAAUGGGAGAUCCCUCCUCGGAAAUCCGGGUGAAGACGUUCUCUUCCACGCCAUCGGAGCCGCCAAAUAAUGUCACUUUGGAGGUGACGAGUUCUAGUUCAAUCACCGUUCACUGGGAGCCGCCUGCAGAGGAGGAUCGCAAUGGUCAGAUCACAGGCUACAAGAUUCGCUAUCGCAAGUUCAAGGAUGCACCGCAGGUGAAGAGCACGCCGGCCAACAUUCGCUACUUCGAGUUGAGCAGCUUGGAUCGCAAUGCCGAGUACCAGGUGAAGAUUGCCGCCAUGACGGUGAACGGAUCGGGACCCUUCACGGAAUGGUAUCGCGUCAACACACUCGAAAAUGAUCUGGAUGAGACUCAAGUACCUGGCAAACCCAUUUGGAUAAACAUUCAUCCGGGAGCGAACAACAUUGCGCUGCACUGGGGUCCACCACAACAGCCGGAGAUCAAGAUACGCAACUACGUGCUGGGCUGGGGUCGCGGAAUUCCCGACGAGAACACCAUCGAACUGAAGGAGACGGAGCGCUAUCAUGUGCUCAAGAACCUGGAGUCGAACAUGGAGUAUGUGGUGUCGCUGAGAGCGAGGAAUGUGAAGGGGGACGGUCCACCCAUUUACGAUAAUAUCAAGACACGCGACGAGGAGCCAGUGGAUGCACCCACUCCACUGGAGGUUCCGGUGGGUCUGCGAGCCAUCACCAUGUCCAGCUCCUCGAUUGUGGUCUACUGGAUCGACACGAUGCUGAACAAGAACCAGCAUGUCACGGAUAAUCGCUACUACACGGUCAGCUACGGCAUCACGGGAUCCAAUCGCUAUCGCUACCACAACACCUCGGAUCUCAAUUGCAUGAUCAACGAUUUGCGACCCAAUACGCAGUACGAGUUUGCAGUUAAGGUGGUCAAGGGUCGAAGGGAAUCAUCGUGGUCCAUGUCCGUGUUGAAUAGCACCUAUCAAAAUGUGCCAGUCACUCCGCCUCGCGAGGUCACAGUUCGCCUGGAUGAGCAGAAUCCACCGAAUGUGAUUGUUCAGUGGAUUCCACCGAAGCACACUGUUGGUCAGAUCACCGGGUACAACAUCUACUACACCACUGAUACCACAAAGCGGGAUCGCGACUGGUCAGUGGAGGCCUUCGCUGGCGAAGAGACCAUGCUGAUGCUACCGAACCUUAAGCCAUACACUACGUACUACUUUAAAGUCCAGGCGAGAACCACAAAGGGCACGAAUAAUGCUCCGUUCUCAGCUCUGGUUUCCUACACCACCAGUGCAGCGGUCAUCAUGCAGGAGGCCGACACCAUCGCCAAGGGAAUCGACAACGAGAAGCUGCUGUACAUCAUCAUUGCGGCGACAGCAGUUGUGCUGCUGCUGGUCCUCGUUGGCAUCCUGAUGCUGUGCCGUCGUAAGCCUCAAUCCUCACCAGAACAUACGAAGAAGAGCUACCAAAAGAACAACGUGGGCGUGCCCAAGCCUCCGGAUCUAUGGAUACACCAUGAUCAAAUGGAGCUGAAGAACAUCGACAAGGGUUUGCACACAGUGACUCCAGUUUGCAGCGACGGAGCGUCGAGCAGUGGUGCCCUCACUCUGCCCCGUUCGGUGGUGCACAGCGAGUACGAGGUGGAGACACCAGUGCCAGGUCAUGUGACCAAUUCCCUGGACAAGCGCUCCUAUGUGCCAGGAUAUAUGACCACCUCAAUGAACGGAACCAUGGAGCGACCGCAGUAUCCGCGCACGCAGUACAGCCACCAGAACCGAUCCCACAUGACCAUGGAGGCGGGUCUCUCCCAGCAGAGCCUCACCCAGCCGCAGAGCAACUCGAUGGCUCAGACACCGGAGCAUCCUUAUGGCGGUUACGAUGCCAAUUUCUGCAAUGCGAGCAGUGGAGCCGCUGGUAAUGGCUGUGUGUCUACCAUUGAGAGCGCCAAACGUGGGCAUCCUCUGAAGAGCUUCAGCGUUCCAGGGCCACCGCCCACAGGAGCAGCCACGCCCAUCAAUAAACAUACUCCCGCCGUCACAAUACGUCCACAAAACCAAUCGCCAUACAAGAAGCCAUCGUUCUCGGCCGCCACGCCCAAUCGCCUGCAGGGCGGCGGCUCGGUGGUCCAUUCAACCGAUGAGAUUCAAAGACUGGCACCCAGCACGUCCACCGAGGAGCUCAACCAGGAAAUGGCCAAUCUGGAGGGCCUCAUGAAGGAUCUGAGCGCCAUAACGGCCAAUGAGUUCGAGUGUUAACACUGAAGCCGCCAUCAAAACCUUCGAUCGGUUCGAUCGGUUGGCUGAAAGUAUUAGUCGUCAAACAACAGAUGUUACUUGUUUUUUAGUUUCUGUUUUAUAUUAAUGAUUUAACUCGAAUUUGUGAAAUGUAUUGAAGCGACUUGAACUUGAAUUAGGUUCGCCUUCGGUGAGGUCCGUUUAGUUUUAGUUAAUCAAAUGUGCGAUAUAUUAAUGACCGAAAAGAACUGUAAAUACGAACGACGCAGCCAUAUAAAUUUGUAAGCCUAGAUACACACAUUCAUACCUAUAAAUAGCACAUAAGCAUAGUUAAUUAUCGGAUAAGAAGGGUGUAAAAACAAGGGGACAGAACGGAUAGCGAGGAAACAGAUGGAACGUACAUAUAUUGAGCAUGAUCUGUCUCUCUAGCUGUCACACGACAUUUCAUAUUUAUCACUCUGAAUCAUCUUAAUUUAUAGUCUAAGCCCCACAUACAUAUGCCAUUCUAUAUUCAUAUGCAUACAGCAUCUAAGCUAAGUUUCAUACUAGUAACGCGACCCUAAGAACGUAACUUUUAUGCUAUUAUAACCCCAACAAACAAUCAAAACAUUUCGAUCUAAACUUGCCCCUUAAAGUGUUCUCCAAUAUUGUUUUAAAUCUAUGAGUUUGAUACGUGCCAUUCAAUGAUUUGUCGCCAAUCCCACACAACUACUUAAGCUAUAAAGUCAAGUUCUAGACUAAGCCAGCAAAGCAUUUACGAUUUAAACUUAACUAUUAAAAAAAGAUGGCAUGACACUGUCUGUUAUAUUGCGCAAAGCAUAAAUGCAACUUUUUAAAAAGGAGACUUUGAAUGCUUCAAAGUUUUUAUUGCCAGGAAAGUUUACUAAUUUUAUGCGUUGUUCACUAUAAACAUUGUUCACUGUAUUCAACAUUGUUUUGCACAACAAUCUCAUUAAACUCAGUAAUGCGUUAAAAUGUAAACCUCAAGGAAUGCAUUUUGAAAAUUGUAAAAUUUUGUAUUGUAUUGAACGUAAACUUUGUAAUCAAAAGAAAUUACUAAAUAUAUAAAAAAUAUGUGAAAAUUA